GUCAGGCCAAGACCAUAUAAAAGAAACCAAGGCUCUGAGCCUGUCAUUAGUCCAGGAUUUAAAAAGUGACAUCGACAUCACACCAAGAUGAAGUGCUUCAUCCUCGUGGCGAUGCUUGGCCUGACCUGCGCCCUGGACCUUGACUCCCAGUGGGAUUCGUUCAAGAUGUCUUACAAGAAGUCCUACAAGGAUGUCGACGAAGAGGCUUACAGGCGCGAGAUCUGGGAGAACAACCUGGACUUCAUCCAGCGACACAACUUCGCUGACCUGGGUAUCCACACUUUCCGUGUCGGGGUCAACGAGUACGCCGACAUGAGCAACGCAGAAUUCCGCAAAGUGCUGAAUGGCUUCAAGAUGUCCGACACUCUCCUAGCUGGGGGAGAGAUCUUUGUCCAGGCUGGUGCACAGCUACCCGACUCUGUUGACUGGCGCACCAAAGGCUACGUCACCCCUAUUAAAAACCAGGGUCAGUGCGGGUCGUGCUGGGCCUUCUCUUCCACAGGGUCACUGGAGGGUCAAUGGUUCAAGAAGACGGGCACACUCGUCUCCCUGUCUGAGCAAGACCUUGUGGACUGUUCCAAGAAGGAGGGUAACAACGGCUGCAAUGGAGGUCUGAUGGACCAGGCUUUCACCUACGUCCAGAAGAACGGCGGCAUUGAUACCGAGGCCACAUACCCAUAUAAGGGCAAGAACGAGAAGUGCAAGUUCAAGCGUGCUUAUGUCGGCGCCAACGACACAGGUUUUGUCGACAUUGCCAGCGGCAACGAGAAUGACCUGCAAGAAGCAAUCGCCAGCGUGGGACCCAUCUCCGUGGCCAUCGACGCCAGCCACAACUCCUUCCAGCUGUACAAGUCCGGCGUGUACUACGAGAAGAAGUGCAGCUCUAAGCAGCUGGACCACGGAGUUCUGGCUGUCGGCUAUGGCGCUGAUAGCUCAAAUGACUACUACAUCGUUAAAAAUAGCUGGGGCACUAGCUGGGGAAUGGAUGGCUACAUCCUGAUGUCCAGGAAUAACAAGAACAACUGUGGCAUCGCAACCCAGGCCAGCUACCCCAAAGUGUAGAAUCUUCAUCGUCUGCAGCACUACAGUCACCGACAUCAGGAUCCCCGUGUACAGCACAUGAACAACUCUUGAAAGAUCAACCUUAAGGCUGAUACAUUCUACGUGUUUCUUAUAUUAAGAGAGUGAUGUCACGUGUUAAAAAAUUUGCUUGUUAUUUGAUUACAGUUAAUAGAUUUGGGAGAAAUAAAAGUAUUCUUGUUAA